UCAAAUUUGUCUAGGGCGACUGGAAUCUUCUGGUUUCGACCGAGCUCGCGUCCACCCGAAGUUCCUCCACUCCAACGCGACGUCCCACAAGUGGGCUUUCGGAGCUAUAGCUGAGCUUCUUGACAAUGCUGUUGAUGAGAUUUGCAAUGGUGCAACAUUUAUAAUGGUGGAUAAAGUCAACAACCCCAGAGAUAAUAGUCCUAUGUUACUCUUUCAAGAUGAUGGAGGAGGAAUGGAUCCUGAAGGUAUCCGCCGCUGCAUGAGCUUAGGGUUUUCAAAUAAGAAAUCAAAGACAACCAUAGGGCAAUAUGGUAACGGCUUCAAGACUAGUACUAUGAGAUUAGGUGCUGAUGCAAUUGUGUUCAGUCGUGCAAAUCGUGGAAGUUGUGAAACCCAGAGCAUAGGUCUGCUCUCAUAUACAUUUUUAAGAAGAACAAUUAAAGAUGAUAUUUUUGUCCCUAUGGUUGACUUUCAAAUUCUUGGAGGCCAACAAGCACCGUUGACUUAUGGUUCACAAGAUGACUGGGAUGAUAGCUUGAGAAUAAUUCUCGAGUGGUCUCCUUUUUCUUCAAAGGAAAAACUUAUGCAACAGUUUGAGGAUCUUGAAUCUCAUGGAACCAAAGUGUUGAUAUACAACUUAUGGAUGAACGAUGAGGGUCUCUUGGAACUAGACUUUGAUGAUGAUGAUGAGGAUAUAUUGCUGAGAAAUCAAUCAAAUACCACUGUCUCAUCAAGGUCCCAAUCCCAUAAGGAGAUGGUCCAAUUACACUUUUCUAGUACCCUGAGGUACUCACUGCGGGCAUAUGCUUCUAUUCUUUACCUCAGAAAAUUCUCAAACUUCCAGAUUAUACUACGAGGGAAACCCGUGGAGCAAGUAAGAAUUGCUGAUGAGUUGAAGUUUACCAAAAGCGUGACUUACAAGCCCCAGAUGGGAAUGGGUUCGGAAGAUGUGUCUGUGAGGAUCACCAUUGGCUUUGCAAAGGAGGCCCCCGUACUUGGCAUUUUUGGCAUCAACGUUUAUCAUAAGAACCGUCUCAUCAUGCCGUUCUGGAAAGUUGUUCAAGAAGGUUCUAGCCGAGGGAGGUGUGUUGUAGGAGUCCUUGAAGCAAACUUUAUCGAGCCAGCUCAUGACAAACAGGAUUUUGAGAGAACACCUUUGUUUAUUCGUUUGGAAACAAAGCUUAGACAUAUCAUCCUUGACUACUGGAAAAACAAUUGUCACCAUAUUGGUUAUCAGGAGAUAAACAGCAAGCAGAAAGGAUCUGACAAGCAUUCUAACGGACUGAAGCAAAAGGCACAGCAGCAACCCUUUGCUGGUCAACAUGUCAUAGAUCUGUCAGCUGACGUGCAGCCUGAUGUCCACGUUGAGAAACCAGUGUCUCUUAAUGAAGCAAAUGCUGUGCAUUCCGUCAUGGAGCCUACUGAAUUAAGUGAGGACCUCGAGGAACAUGAUUCUUUUGAUAUUCUAGCCGGUACUUCGAUUGAGAAAUUAAGUGAAGAAAACAUUCAAUUGUUUGGCAGGCGUGAAGAGCUCCAGCGACGGGAGACCGAGCUAAAACAGACAAUUGAAGAUCUUGAGCGUGAACUUGGAGAAGCCAAAAGAAAAUGUACCCAUCUUGUUACACAGUUGGGAAUUCAGAAGAAACAGGAGCAGACAGCACAACGAAAUGUUAUAUAGGGAGGCAACUGUGUUCUUUUCUGGAUUUUGUACAUAGAACUGGCAUGGCCAAUGCUAGCCACAGCCGUAAGU